AUGAAUCUGAUACCCUCAAAGGCAAACCCAGAAGGCAAAAGCCCACAUGAGUUGUUCUGCAGAGAUAUUCCCGGUUACCCUAAAGACGAGAUCAAGCCAUGGAUCAAGCACUUGCGCAGUUAUUUCUGUACCCCAUACUACUACAUCAAACCCCAGAAGCGCGCCAAAGGUGACAAGUUGGAGGAACGAAGCCGCCCUGGCCGUCUGAUCGGAUACGAUGAUGCCCAUGGCCGUAUCUACUGGAUCUGGGACCCCGAGACUGGCCAGAUUAUUCGAGCUAGUGCCGUAAAGUUUGUUGAGACAAACCAGCCAGAGUCCCCAGAGAGGAAGCUCUCCAACAUGCCGUUGUCUUUAGCGAUUCAGCUUGAGCGGGGGAGUUAUGAAGGAAAUGAAGGGGAGGGGUUGAUUUUGAGGGGAGCGUUGGUUACGGAAAGGGAGAUGAUGUUUCGGUCUGAGGGGGAGGAUUGGCAGUCCCUUAGGUCUGCUGAGGCUUUUGAGAAGAGGAAAGGGUUUGUGGCCUGGGGUUCUGACGAAGAAUGA